AUGUGAAUAUGUUCAAAAGAAUUUCACGUGCAAUAUUCUGUGCAUGUGUGUGGCCUAUAUCCCGUCGAACGCCUUUAAAAGGUGAAAUAAUUCACCCCAAAAGAACCAAAAUCCGUAUUGUAACAUUUCCGUCGGGUAUCCUUUUUCCCUUUUAAUCUGUUUCAAAAUAAAACUUCUCACGCUAUACUCUUAGACUUCAUCGAUCGAUAAUGGCUCUAGAAGCUAUAACGCAACAACAACAAUAUCUUUAUGCGUUACUCGGAACUACAAAUUGGAGCAUUGGUUCUGGUUCUGGCUCUGGCUCUAGCUCUGAUUAUCACAACAAUGAAGCGUUUGAUGAAUUUCUUCCGAAUAAUCAAAAUGUAACAGCACCUCAAGAGUACGAGAACUACUCAAAUUGGAAUUUGCCAGCUCCAUUAUUAGUAGAUUCCCAAAAUGAAUUUAAUCAAUGGGGUCAAAAUUCUUCCUCUGUUUUAGACCAUAAUUUUACAAUUGUGGAUCAACAGGAACAGCAGGCACAAUUGGACUCUCCAAUUGAAAUGUCUAGUAGUACAACUAGACCACGAAGAAGAAGAACAAGAACAAAGAAGAAUGACGAAGAGAUUGAGAAUCAAAGAAUUACACACAUUGCCGUUGAACGAAAUCGUCGAAAACAGAUGAAUGAGUACCUCUCUGUUCUCCGUACUCUCAUGCCUGAAUCUUAUGUCCAAAGGGGUGAUCAAGCAUCAAUUGUUAGUGGUGCAAUUAACUAUGUGAAAGAGCUAGAGCAACAGCUUCAAUUCCUUAGUGGUCAGAAGCAUUUGACUAGUCAAAAUCAAGAAGCAAAUGGUGAAACUUCUCCAUUUUCUGAGUUCUUUAGCAUUCCACAGUACUCCACAACCAUGUCUGCUGCUACAACUACUAGUGAAAAUGUAUGUUGUGAGAAUGAAUAUUACAGGAACCAGCAGUUACCAGCAACAGCUGAUAUAGAGGUUACAAUGGUGGAAAAUCAUGCAAAUCUGAAAAUAAGGUCAAAAAAGAGGCCAAGAUUGCUUCCUACAAUUAUUUCAGGGCUUGAAAGUCAUAGGCUAAGUGUUCUUCAUCUCAAUGUCUCAAAAGUUGACCAGUUUGUCCUCUGUUCUCUCAGUUUGAAGGUAGAGGAAGAUUGCAAGAUGAAUUCAGUGGAAGACAUAGCAGCUGUUGUGAAUCAGAUUUUAAGUAGGAUCCAUGAAGAGGCUAAUUAAUUAGCUUGAUGUGAGACUAUAUUUAAGCAUCUUAAUUAAUUUUCCUAGCUAUAUUGCUUAUAUUUAUGUAGAAUUAGGAAUAUUUGACAAUAAUAAAUCAGAGUUUAAUUUUGAGGUCGC